CUUAAUCAUUCAAGGUCCUCUGUUUCAGCCAAGUUGAUCUUAUCUCCAUCGUCAACGUGUGAAUCUGCUACAUGGUCUUAAGACUAGCAUGCUACAUCAAACAAUGGAGCGCGUAAUAUCCCAUGUAUUUCCCCACACAAAGGAAUAUGUCUAUGUGUCAUGGCGAAGCCAUGUCAUCUCCACUAGGACAUUCGCAAGCCAUACCUCGCGACUCCGGUCUGUCCCUCGAGCAUUCCAGAACCCACAAAGCCGGGCCUUCUCAGGCUUUGGUCGUAGAUGCAGCAAUGGACAAUAUAACCGAUUCAAUGAUUCAGGCCGGGGCCCACGGGCACCGCCGCUGAUCCACCACUUAUUGCUGCGGGCGCGUACCGAGCACUUCGUUCUACUCGGCCUUGGCGUAUCGGCAUUCUACUACUAUAAUACGGAGGUGGUGGAGAUGACCGGCCGCCGGCGACUCAACUUCAUAUCCGCUGAACACGAGCUAGAGCUCGGAGAAAAGGCUUAUCGAGAAGUCCUCGCGCAGCAUAGAGAUCAUAUAUUACCAGACUCUCAUCCGGCUUCCAAGAUGGUGCACCGUGUCCUUGAGCGACUCAUUCCUCAGGCCCGCGUGGAAGGCGCGCAGUGGAGAGCUCAUGUCAUCAAGGCGGACGAUGUCAGAAAUGCUUUUGUCCUUCCCGGAGGAAAGGUUUUCGUCUUCACCGGCAUACUGCCUUUCUGCAAAGAUGAAAAUGGCCUGGCUGCGGUUCUCGGUCAUGAAAUCGCGCAUGUUGUUGCUCACCAUGGUGCAGAGGGUAUGACACGGAAUUAUCUUCUGAGGUCUCUUGUCACGGUCGCCUCGUUUCUUUUCGAUAUCUCAGCCAUGAUUCCUGCUUAUCUGUCACAUUACCUGGUCAACUUGCCUAAUUCUCGAGUACAAGAGGCUGAGGCUGAUGAUAUGGGGCUGAUCAUGAUGGCUCAAGCCUGCUACAACCCGGAGGCUGCUAUUGCAUUCUGGCAACGUUUGGUGAACAACAAAGAAGCACACGAAGUCCAUCAAUUCUUGUCAACGCACCCCUCGAAUGAGAAUCGGAUCCAUGCACUGAGUGAGAAGCUCAACACGGCACAAACUAUAUACCUUAAUAGUGGCUGCCAGGUCGCAAACGAAUACAUGCCGGAUUUCAGAAGAGCUUUUGCUUAUCACAAGUAGUGGUCAUAGGCAUGAUACUCGAGACCAUGUUUGCUUCAACCAAGAAAUUGUACAUACACUAAGGUAGUAUUAGCGAAUUCCCC